UUGGGUUUUCUCUACCAUCCCGCUUCAAUUAAUUUCUGUUUUGUCCUCAUUCAACAUUGUUUUGUGUUUCCGUGGAGUUUGUUAGUUUUUAAAAUAAGUCUGGUGGUACUUUCUUGUUUUGCUUAAAAGUACACUUAUAUUUCGCAAAACAUGUAACACCAAAAUUGAACAUGCAUUUUUUUUUCCAGAUACGUUUUAGGCACACUUGUAAGACAAAGUGGCUUGUUAAGGUGAAUAAGCAUCCAACAGAUGCCCAAAGGUCUCAAAUUCAGAGAACCCCGUUUCACUCAUUAAUGGAAAUGCCUGAAAAAUUACGUACCAAUUGCAUAUUGUUGUCUAACUUAGCGAGUCGGUGGGUGGAGAACCGUUUCGGUUUUAAAAUACAAGAUAAUGUAGUGCCUUUUACUCCACUAGAUGUAUGUUUGUCACUAGGAUUGCGUGUAGUUGGACUAAAUGUGAAUUACAAUGAAGAUGAAGAUGUUGAAUGUCAUACCAAAGGUUUAUUUAAGGGGGAAGAAAUAACAGUUAAGACAAUAGUUAAGCAACUAAGGAGGCAUAAAAGUGAUGACAAGGUUGAUGACUUUUGUAGGCUAUAUAUCCUUCUUGGGUUUGCAAUGUUUUAUUUCCCGCAUAGUUCAACUAGUUGUUUGUUGCGAAUGUUAGAUAAUCUAAAUUCAUUGCAAGAAUAUAGUUGGGGUGUUGCUGUUUAUGAUACCUUGGUUCUAAGCUUGAGUUGUUGUGCAAAAUGCUUGAAUAAGUCAAAGAAUAAAUCAGUUGUGAGGAUAACCGGUUGUGCAGCCAUAAUACAGAUUUGGGCUUUGGAGCACAUGUUCUUGCGUGGAAGACCUAUAUGUACUGGAAAAAGAUCAUGAUGAAUGCCACAUUGAGGAACAAAAUCUGCAAGUAAGAUCCAACAUAUACACGCGUCUUAAGGAUGAACCAAGAAAGCGCAUUGAAAGUGCAGUAACUAGAUCACCUUGGACUACAUAUCAGAGGAGACACAACAAGGGCAAGGAGGUUAAAGCUGGAAACUUGUAACAGUUUUUGUUAUGUUAUUUUUUGAAGAGAAUGGGUCAUGUUUUAAGUAGAAAAUCUUUGUUAAUUAAUGGGGUAGCUUUGAUGUACUAUGUAGAUGCACCAUCUAUGGUGGUUUUGUUAUGUCCAUUGAGAAUAUGAGUCCUAAACUCCUAAUCCUAUUCAUGUGUUUUAGACAUAUAUUUAUAGCCUUUAUUAAGAGCAACU